UGUUGCAUAUUGUGAUCCAUCUGAACCAUAUGAGCCUAUCACGGAGUGGCAUAUUGAUGUGCAUAUCCAACCUAGCAGCACAGAACAAGACGAUGAUGAUUAUCUUCGCAACCCAAUACCUGAGAAUGAACAUGUUGGUGUUGAUGAGGAAAAUAUUUAUUUAGACGAUGAUGAUUAUGAUAAAUUAGAUCCUCUUAUCAUGGUUCCCUGUUCCGAUAAAGAAAGGGACGAAGACUAUGUUCUUGAUCAUGAGAGCGAGGAUGAGAGCGAUGAGGAAGUAGAGGAAGAUGAGGAAGUGCACGAGGCAGAGCUUGCACCACAUUUAGAAUAUGAUAAAUUAGAUCUCCCAAUGAUCGAAGGAAGAAAAUAUCCCAAUAUGGCAGAGUUUAAGUUGGCGCUUUCUCAACAUGCAAUCAAACAUGAAUUUGAGUUUAACACCGAGAAAAGUGCACCACAUAGGUCCAGGGCUUAUUGUUCAAGAAGGGAUGAAGAUAAGUGUCCAUGGACGAUAUAUGCUUCUACAAUGGAAGAUGGGUGCACCGUAAUGGUGAGAAAGAACUCUUGUGGUCAUGAUUGCUCAAGUACAAAAAGGAAAAAGAAGAUAAAGAAUGCAACCAAGCGGUGGAUAUGUGAGCAUGUGAAGGAUUGGCUAAUUGAUGAUGCAACUCUAGGACCAAAGGCAUUGCGAAAGAAGCUUAAAGAGCACCAUGGAAUCAACAUCAAGUACAAGAGAGUAUACAUGGAGGACCACCAAAGAAGAGGACAAAGACCACCAAAUCAGCUCAAUCAUCAAUUGUGCCUUGCGAGGAUGAUGCUCCAUCAGCCAUACGUUUUCCGCCAAGCCAAAUCUUGGAGAAAACAACCAAGCAAAAAGGGAAAGGUGGUAAAUUUGGAUCCGGAGGAGCAAAAAGAUCAAGAACACAACCCAUUUGUGGCGAACAUGAUGUCGCCAAAAAGAAAACACAUGUUGCUGUGAAGGUACAUGCCAAAAGAAAAAGCAAAGAGGUUGCUGAAAUUACUCCGCACCUUCCUAUGGUGCCACUUGACAGCCCUGCAAUGGGUACACGCAGCAAGAAAUUCAACCCUGCUAGCCCUGCAAUGAGCACACGAAGCAAAAGGAGACUUAGUUUGUGAUUCUCAUGUCAUUACUUUCCGUAUCAUGUUUCAUUUUGAAAACUGAGCUGUUUAUGUGAUAUAUGUGUGGACUUUGGCUCUUUACGUGCUAUAUGUGACCUUUUGUGAACCCUCUUUACGUGCUAUAUGCGACCUGUUGUGAACCUGGGCUAUUAUGUCAUCUUUAUGUGAACCUGGACUAUUGUAU